AGGCGCACCGGAUUAUAAGGCAAACUGUCGAUUUUUGAGAAGAUUAAAGGAUUUUAAGUGUGCCUUAUUGUGCGGAAAAUACGGUACUAAGGUUUUCAGCAUCUCUGCCAUGGCAUCAGACUACACAGGCCCCCCUUCCCAAGUUCAUCAGUGAGUCCUGAUCGCCUAAGGCACUGUCACAGGUUUAUCAGUUGGACCAAUACCUCUGUUUACUUGUAAACAGACCUAACUGUUGUUGAUGAUGUCUGUUGAUUUAAAAUUAGCUUUUGCCUUUUAUUUAAAUGCAGUUGUCCAUAAUGAGUGGUUUUCACAAAGUACAUGGCAGCUCCUGGUAUCUUCCAAUUUUAAGGCUGAACUAGUAAGUUUUUUUCCUCUUGGCUAAUUGCAUCUGUGGUUUUACUGAUAUUGCCUGAAUGUGGCUUUACAUCUGGGAUUUUACCAAUGUCAUGUUUCCCCAUACAUUUUCUUCCCAUAGUGUAUGUGUAGACAAACGUGUAUGACUGCAGUGUCCCAUGUGUGAUGUCAAAAGACUUACGCAGGCUUGAAGUUAGAGUCUCUUGUCUAAACCACCUGCUGUAAGCACCAUCAGCCAUGUACCAGUCCUCCUUAGUUCCUGAUAUGAGCGUUCCUCAGAUUGUAGGCAUAUUUUUACCCUAUUUCUCUUUAGGAGUUUUCAAGCAAAAAGAGUCUAUUCAAAGUGCACUCCUUUCAUACGCCUGUCAGGAAAUGAAAAGAAAUGCCCUUACUGUCUGACUAGUGGGCCAUGUGACUAGCUUUUUUUUCUUUUGCCUUAGAUAAACAACUCUCAGUUUUUUGAAAUCCAGCUUCAUCCCCAAGCAAAAUUUCCAUUUGUGUGGCUGUGACAUUUUUUAUGUGAUUUAUUCUAUUGUCCCGAAUCCCCCGGCCUUUGCUGCCCCUCCACCUUGUCCCCUUGCCAUCAGCUUGACAAUCCCAGCCUUUGUUUUUGCAAUGAGAAGCAGCAUUCUUCCAGAGGGAUGACCUCCUCUGUCUCUAUAGAGGCUGGCACUGGGGACACGACCCUCCCCGAUGAUUGGAUAGCACCCGCCGGAUGCUGUGAAUGAAAUCCACUAGUUGUCACCCCAAUGCUGCCCACAUGUGCGCCAAACACAAGCUCAUUCCCGAGAAAGAGAACUCGAGGGAUCCCUCUGUUCAUCCCAGCUGAUGCUCCCAAGCCUCAGCACUGCUAUCAGGACCAUUAGCACAGAACACAGGAUCCAACUCUGUGGAUCAUCAUUCGUUUCUAGUUAAAUGACAUCACUGAACUGCUGGUCCUCAAGUUUAUGCAUACGGAGUGGAGUAGCAUCUGUUGUUGGAAUGGUCAUGUCUGUUAGCUGUAAACAUAGGUAAGGUAGGAACAUGAUUCAGGUCUGACCCUGGAGAUGCCGAAGAGACGAGACAUCGUUGCCAUUAUAUUGAUCGUGUUGCCUUGGACACUACUCAUCACUGUUUGGCACCAGAGCACCCUCACUCCUCUGCUUACCACUCGAAAGGAUGACAGAACUGAUGGUCACUCCAACUCCAGAAACACCUUUGCUUUUAAGGAGUCAUGCUCGCUUCAGAACCGGGACAUUGUGGAGGUGGUACGCACGGAAUAUAUAUACAGCCGCCCUCCACCCUGGUCGGAUAUAUUGCCCACUAUCCACAUCAUCACUCCCACUUAUAGCCGCCCGGUGCAGAAAGCAGAGCUGACACGGCUGGCCAACACUUUGCUUCAUGUGGUCAACUUGCAUUGGAUCCUGGUAGAAGACUCCCAGAGGCGGACCAGUCUGGUUAGUCAUCUUCUCCACAACACAGGGCUCAACUACACCCACCUCAAUGUGGAGACACCUAGGAACUAUAAGGUACGCGGGGACACCAGGGACCCCCGAAUACCACGUGGUACCAUACAGAGGAACCUAGCUCUCCGGUGGUUACGGGAGACCUUCAGCGUAAAUACCAGCCAGCCUGGGGUUGUCUACUUUGCAGAUGAUGACAACACAUAUAGCUUGGAGCUGUUUGAGGAGAUGCGUUCCACUAAAAAGGUGUCGGUGUGGCCCGUGGCUUUUGUGGGUGGCCUGCGUUAUGAGUCACCCAAAGUAAACACCUUGGGGAAGGUGUUUGGCUGGAAAACUGUAUUUGACCCGCACCGGCCCUUUGCUAUUGACAUGGCUGGGUUUGCGGUGAACCUGCAGCUCAUUCUGUCCAAACCUCAGGCUUAUUUCAAGCUGCGUGGGGUAAAGGGAGGAUAUCAGGAGAGCAGCUUAUUAAAAGAGCUGGUCACUCUCAGUGACUUGGAGCCUAAAGCUGCUAACUGUACUAAGGUAUUAGUAUGGCACACAAGGACAGAGAAGCCUGUGCUGGUAAAUGAGGGCAAGAAAGGAUUUACAGACUCUAACGUAGAGAUAUGACAUCCUUCACGUGACACAGGGGAGGAAUGUUUCUACUGAGCUCUCCCUGGAUUCAAACCAACCUGAGCUCCGAAAAAGCAACAGUCACGGUCAAAAGUAUUACCAGGACGCAGCAGCUGUAUUUCACCACAGCUUAGCAUGAAGCUACGCGUGUCCAGUUGAAGAGGCAGAGCAAAGCCAUAUGUGCUUGAGCGACCACAGAGUAUCAAAGCACAACUGCACAAAAACGACUGGUGUGUUCUGGAGCAGCACUGAAAGGAGUUUGCCACCUGAGGUCUCCUCUGAGAUAAGGGAUGUCACAUGACUUAGCUGCAGGAAGAGAUGGUACAGCAAGCAAUAAAGAGCCUUGUGAGCGACAUCAACACCAGCCAACCAUCCAAUCAGAACUGAAUGGGGCCCUUUUGUUUUGAUGCAAGCUGGCUGUCGGGGAAAGAGCUGCACAGGGAAAUAAAAGAAGUCCUUGUUUCAAGAGAGUCAGCACCGACUGUUAGACAGCACUGAUGGGAUCUGAGCCCUCCCCCUUUUUGUACUGUACAACAGUGAGCCCAGUACUAAUUAGGAGCCCUGCUACUUUUGAACAUACAUUUGCGCACACUGAGCUGUCACACUGCUCACAGACACACAUGCACACAAAAACAUGAAGCAGUGGCUUAUUAACAGCAGCGUCCUCUCUCGCAUUCAUUUACUACCAGCUUAACAUGCUGUAACAGCGCUGACAUGCACUCAUAUUUAAAAGAGGAUCCAGUAUUGCUGUUAGCCUGUCAAACUCAAAGACUUCCUCAUAAGCUAAUUAAGACUGCACUGGGUGAAGGUUUCUUAGCAGUUAUUUAUUGUUUCAGAGUAAUUUGUAGCAUUGGUAUGUUAGUUGUGAACAGUACGUGUGAGAGUCGAUGGAAUGUAAAGCCAUUACUCUGAAAAUCAGAAGUGCAUUCUUUCAAAUAGCUGUGUUAUACAUUCUAAUUAUUCUCACCAUGGAUGGAAGGCUUGCGAGUAAUGAGUUCAUACUCCACUGACUUGCAGCAACACCACUUAAGAAUGCAAAUGUUCUAUAUGACUUUGUAUCUUUUUAAGAGUUCAGUCAGUUAUCAGUGUUAAUUUGCAGACAUUUGAAACAUUCAAACACUUGAAACAUUGAACUUUGACUUGAUUAGGGUCUGAUGCUACUGCUAUGUUGCUUGUGUUUCAUUUGACAGCUGCUCAAACUACUGCCUCAUGAAGCUGAUUUUUGCUUUACAGACCUAAGAUUGCAGUAACUGCUACUUGAUACAUACUCAAGUAUAUUCACAUAGGCAAUACAGAUUUAACAAUCUGACACACCUGCCACAGCCAGACUCCCUAAAAUUGUUACUCUAAGACUGUAAAUUCACAGAACGUGAUCAUUGCUUAAUAAUUCUGCUGUAUGUGUAAAGAUUUAUUGUAAAUAAGGGUACUGUAUGUACAUAGGUUUAAACUGCUCCCAUACAA